UCGCGGCAGACGGGCCGUUGCCUUGGAGACACCCGAGGUAUGAAUAGUCUGUGUGGCUGGCUGUUUCUCCCUGAGGAAACUGUGGCAGAACGCUACUGCCAGCUGACCGCAGCCUGAGGGUUCCUGGCGAUUCAGGUUGCACAGUGGUUAAGCACUCAGCUGCUAACCAGAAGGACGGCAGUUCAUGCCCACCAGCCGCUCCAUGGGUGAAAGAUGUGGCAGUCAGCUUCCAUAAAGAUUACAGCCUUGGAAAUCCUAUGGAGUACUUCUACUCUGUCCUACAGGGUCGCUAUGACUCAGAGCCAACUCGACAGCAAUGGAUUUGCAGGUUCGUCGCCCUGUGCAGCCUCCGCCAGUGAUGGGAAGUGACGUGAAGCAACAGUGCUGAGUCUCUCUGAACAUGAUUCGAAUUGCAGCCUUAAAUGCCAGCUCCACAGUUGAGGACGAUCAUGAAGGAAGCUUUAAAAGUCAUAAAACCCAGACAAAGGAAGCUCAGGAAGCAGAGGCUUUUGCCUUGUACCACAAGGCCCUUGAUCUGCAGAAACAUGACAGGUUUGAAGAGUCAGCCAAAGCCUACCAUGAGCUUCUGGAGGCGCGUCUCCUGCGGGAGGCAGUCUCAUCAGGAGAUGAGAAAGAGGGAUUGAAGCACCCUGGGCUGAUUCUGAAGUACUCCACGUACAAAAACCUGGCCCAGCUGGCGGCCCAGCGAGAGGACCUGGAGACUGCCAUGGAGUUCUACCUGGAGGCAGUGAUGCUGGAUUCCACCGAUGUCAACCUCUGGUAUAAAAUUGGGCACGUGGCCCUGAGGCUCGUCCGUGUCCCCCUGGCUCGCCAUGCUUUUGAGGAAGGGCUGCGGUGCAACCCCGACCACUGGCCCUGCCUGGACAACCUCAUCACUAUCCUGUACACCCUCAGUGAUUACACAACGUGUCUGUACUUCAUCUGCAAAGCUUUGGAGAAGGAUUGCCGGUACAGCAAGGGGCUGGUUCUCAAGGAGAAGAUCUUUGAGGAGCAGCCUUGUCUCCGGAAGGACUCGCUCCGCAUGUUCCUCAGAUGUGACAUGUCAAUCCAUGAUGCGACAGUGAAUGCAGAUGAAGCGCAGGCCAUCAUGGACGAGGCUCUGGGGCUGCGGAGGAGGAGGCAGGCGCUGACUGUGCGGGAGAAGGCACCGGACCUGAAGCUGGUGCAGCCCAUCCCCUUCUUCACCUGGAAGUGCCUCGGCGAGAGCCUGCUGGCAAUGUACAACCACCUUACCACCUGCGAGCCCCCACGGCCCAGCCUCGGGAAGAGGAUCGACCUGUCUGACUACCAGGACCCUGCCCCCCAGCUGGCCUCCUCCGUGGUGGUGCCGCCCAUCAGCGUGAUCCAGCCGAGCCCGGUCAGCAUACCCCAGGCUGGGGCUGUGGUAGAGCCCAUACUCACCUACACCCCUGUGGCUGCCACCAGUUUCCCAUGCCACAGCCUCAGCCUGUUGGAGACGAGCCUACCUGUGGGCGAUGCUUCUGGGGGAGAUAGGUCCAAGAAGGGGGUGAAGCGGAAGAAGAUUGCAGAGGAGAACGGUGAGACGGCAAAGCGGCGCUCAGCCCGUGUCCGCAACACCAAGUGCAAGAAGGAGGAGAAGGUGGACUUCCAGGAGCUCCUGGUGAAGUUUUUGCCGUCCAGGCUGAGGAAGCUGGACCCUGAGGAGGAGGAUGGCCCCUUCAACAACUAUGAAGUCCAGUCGGAGGCCAAGCCAGACCACAGCUCAAGUGCGGGGCUGCACAGAAUGUCCUUUGACUCGGCCACAUUCAUGGAGUCUGAGAGGCAGGACGUGCACGAGUUUCUGCUGGGGAACCUGACCAACGGUGGUAUCCUGGAGCUGAUGAUGCGCUACCUGAAGGCCAUGGGCCACAAGUUCCUGCUGCGCUGGCCACCAGGGCUGGCGGAUGUUGUACUCAGCAUCUACCACAGCUGGAGGCGCCAUAGCACCAGCCUGCCCAACCCACUGCUGAGGGACUGCAGCAACAGGCACAUCAAGGACAUGAUGCUGAUGUCUCUUUCCUGCAUGGAGCUCCAGCUGGACCAGUGGUUGCUGACCAAAGGCAGAAGCUCUGCAGUGUCUCCUCGGAAUUGCCCUGCUGGUGUGGUGAACGGCAGGUUUGGGCCUGACUUCCCAGGAACCCACUUUCUGGGUGACCUGCUGCAGCUGUCAUUUGCAUCGUCCCAGCGAGACCUCUUUGAGGAUGGCUGGUUGGAGUUUGUGGUGCGUGUGUACUGGCUGAAGGCUCGGUUCCUGGCUCUGCAGGGGGACAUGGAGCAGGCCCUGGAGAACUAUGACAUCUGCACAGAGAUGCUCCAGAGCUCGGCUACUCUCCAGGCUGCAGUGGGGGCUGAGCGGGGAGACCUGGUAAUCCGGCUGCCCAACCUGCACAAUGACUCCAUUGUCUCCCUGGAGGAGAUCGAUAAGAACCUGAAGUCACUGGAGCGGUGCCAGUCCUUGGAAGAGAUUCAGCGACUGUAUGAAGCUGGUGACUACAAGGCUGUUGUACGUCUGCUGCGCCCCACCCUGUGCGCCAGUGGCUUUGAUCGGGCCAAGCACCUGGAGUUCAUGACGUCUAUCCCAGAGAGGCCAGCUCAGCUGCUGCUGUUGCAGGACUCCCUGCUCCAGCUGCAGGACCACCGGCAGUGCUUUGAGUGCUCUGACGUGGCCCUGAAUGAAGCGGUCCAGCAGAUGGUCAAUGCAGGUGAUGCUGCGGCCAAGGAGGAAUGGGUGGCCACAGUCACACAGCUGCUGCUGGGCAUCGAGCAGGCACUCUCUGCAGAUGGCAGUGGCAGCAUCCUGAAGGAGUCCUCCUCUGCCACAGGCCUUGUCAGGCUCACCAGCAACCUCAUCCAGGUCAUUGACUGCAGCAUGGCCAUGCAGGAGGAGUCCAAGGAGCCACACGUGUCCUCAGUGCUGCCCUGGAUCAUCCUGCACCGCAUCAUCUGGCAGGAGGAGGACACCUUCCGCUCUCUGUGCCACCAGCAGCAGCUCCAGAGCCCGGCGGAGGAAGGGAUGUCGGAGACGCCCUUGCUUCCGUCCUCCCUCAUGCUGCUCAACACGGCCCACGAGUAUCUGGGUAGAAGGUCCUGGUGCUGCAAUUCAGAUGGGGCACUGCUGCGCUUCUAUGUGCGAGUUCUCCAGAAGGAGCUUGCUGUGCCCACCUCGGAAGACACACACCCGUACAAGGAGGAGCUGGAGACAGCCUUGGAGCAGUGUUUCUACUGCCUGUACAGCUUUCCCAGCAAGAAGAGCAAGGCCAGGUACCUGGAGGAGCAUUCGGCCCAGCAGGUGGACCUUAUAUGGGAGGAUGCCCUGUUUAUGUUUGAGUAUUUUAAGCCCAAGACCCUUCCUGAGUUCGACAGCUAUAAGACCAGCACUGUGUCUGCUGACCUGGCCAAUCUCCUGAAGAGGAUCGCUACCAUUGUGCCCCGUACAGAGAGGCCGGCGCUAAGCCUGGACAAAGUGUCUGCCUACAUCGAGGGGACCUCAGCCGAGGUACCCUGCCUCCCAGAAGGGGCUGACCCCUCCCCUCCAGUGGUGAAUGAACUCUACUACCUCCUGGCCGAUUACCAUUUCAAAAACAAGGAACAGUCCAAGGCCAUCAAGUUCUACAUGCAUGACAUCUGCAUCUGCCCUGACAGGUUUGAUUCCUGGGCGGGCAUGGCCCUAGCCCGGGCCAGCCGCAUUCAGGACAAACUGAACUCGAAUGAGCUGAAGAGCGAUGGACCCAUCUGGAAGCAUGCCACACCAGUGCUGAACUGCUUUCAGCGGGCCCUGGAGAUUGACAGCUCCAACUUGUCCCUGUGGAUUGAGUAUGGCACCAUGUCCUAUGCCUUGCACUCGUUCGCAUCGCGCCAGCUGAAGCAGUGGAGGACCGAGCUGCCCCCAGAAGUGGUGCAGCAGAUGGAGGGGCGGCGUGACAGCAUGCUGGAGACAGCCUGGCACUGUUUCACGUCGGCGGCCCACUGCGAGGGUGAUGGUGACGAAGAGGAGUGGCUCAUCCACUACAUGCUGGGCAAGGUUGCUGAGAAGCAGCAGCAGCCGCCCACCGUUUACCUGCUACACUACCGACAGGCUGGCCACUACCUGCAUGAGGAGGCUGCCCGUUAUCCCAAGAAGAUCCACUACCACAACCCCCCCGAGCUGGCCAUGGAGGCCCUGGAGGUGUACUUCCGACUUCAUGCAUCCAUCCUGAAGCUUCUGGGAAAACCUGACUAUGGGGUUGGUGCUGAAGUGCUGCUCAGCUUUAUGAUGGAGGCUGCAGAAGGACCCUUUGCCCGGGGCGAGGAGAAGAACAUGCCCAAAGCUUCGGAAAAGGAGAAGGCCUGCCUGGUGGACGAGGACUCCCACUCUUCAGCUGGGCCACUGCCGGGCCCUGGAGCUUCCCUCCCCUCCUCCUCUGGCCCAGGUCUGACAUCCCCACCUUACACAGCCACUCCGAUUGACCACGAUUACGUCAAAUGUAAAAAACCCCACCAGCAGGCAACGUCGGACGAGCGGAGCCAGGACAGCACAGCUGUAGCACUCUCAGACUCCAGCUCAACGCAGGACUUCUUCAGUGAGCCUACCAGCUCAAUGGAGGGCUCCCGGAAGUCCUACGCCACUGAGAAGAGGUUGCCCACUCCCAGUUCCCAGGCAGGACUGACCAGUAAAGACCUGCAGGGGACCACAGAGGAAAGAGGAAAAACCGAAGAGUCCUUGGAGAGCACGGAGGGCUUCCAGGCAGCAGAUCAGGGCGGCCAGAAACCUGCUGCAGAGCCCCCCACGUCUGCCUGCCACCCCACCAAGCCUGCAGUGUCUACCCCUUCCGCAUGGGAGGGCAAGAGGAGAGGGGACCCUGUCGGGGAGCCAGCGGCCUUCCCACAGGGGCUGCCAGCCAAUGUAGAGGAACAGCGCCAGUUCCUCACGGAACAGUGCAUCGCCUCCUUCCGCCUGUGCCUCAGCCGCUUCCCCCAGCACUACAAGAGCCUCUACCGGCUGGCCUUCCUCUACACUUACAGCAAGACGCACCGGAACCUUCAGUGGGCCCGCGAUGUGUUGCUAGGCAGCAGUAUCCCAUGGCAACAGCUGCAGCACAUGCCGGCACAGGGGCUCUUUUGCGAGAGGAACAAGACCAAUUUCUUCAACGGCAUCUGGCGGAUCCCCGUGGACGAGAUCGACCGGCCAGGCAGCUUCGCCUGGCACAUGAACCGCUCCAUUGUGCUGCUGCUGAAGGUGCUGGCCCAGCUACGGGAUCACAGCACCCUGCUGAAGGUGUCCUCCAUGCUGCAGCGCACACCCGACCAGGGCAAGAAGUAUCUGCGUGAUGCUGACCGCCAGGUCCUGGCACAGCGGGCCUUCAUCCUCACCGUGAAGGUGCUGGAGGACACGCUGAGUGAGCUUGCAGAGGGAUCCGAACGCCCAGGGCCCAAGGCCUGUGGCCUCCCCGGAACCAGGAUGACCACGGACAUCUCCCACAAGGCCAGCCCUGAGGAUGGCCAGGAGGGCCUCCAGCACCCCAAGAAGCUUCCCCUGGCUGAUGGCUCAGGGCCAGGAGCUGAGCCAGGGGGCAAAGCAACCCCCCCCAACCACCGGCCUGUGACCCUGGAUGCAGGCGACGGUGGAGACCAGAGUGGGGAACGCAGGGACAAGGAGAGCCCCCGGGCUGGCUCCACAGAGCCCAUGGACACUGACGAGGUCAUUGCUCGUCGCCUUGAUGCAGAGCGGGCACUUCCCCUGCCUCUGGGUCGUCCCUCACGGGAGUGGGGCCCUGAGAGCCGGCCAACCGAACUGUCGCUGGAGGAGCUGAGCAUCAGUGCCCGGCAGCAGCCUGCCCUGCCCGCCUCUGCCCUACCAGCCCCACCAGCCCCCACCCCCUUGGUGCCAGGGCACAGGGCAGGCCCUCCAGAGGAGCCUGCCCCGAAGUCCAGCCGCAAGAGGAAGCUUCUGGAGGACUCGGAGUCAGGCAAGACUCUCCUGCUGGAUGCCUACCGCGUGUGGCAGCAGGGCCAGAAGGGUGUGGCCUAUGAUCUGGGUCGCAUCGAAAGGAUCAUGUCUGAGACCUACAUGCUCAUCAAGCAGGUGGAUGAGGAGGCAGCACUGGAGCAGGCUGUGAAGUUCUGUCAAGUCCACCUUGGGGCCUCUGCCCAGAGACAGGCUGCCGGGGACACUCCCACCACCCCAAAGCACCCCAAAGAUAGCCGAGAGAACUUUUUCCCCACAGCGGUAGCACCCACAACCCCUGACACCGUACCAGCUGACACCCUCCAACGGACCAGCGACAGCCACGCUAAGCUCCGCCCUGCCCCAGCUGCCACCAUGGCCACUAUCAGCUGCCUGCCCUGUGCAUCAACCUCCGCCCUUGACCCAGCUAAGGACCCUGGCCCCCCCAGGCUACACAGGCCUGAGGCCACCCCCAGCGCUGCGUCUCUGGCCCCAGAGGGAGAAGAGCUGGCAGGAGUGGCGGAGGGUGCCAGCUUCACACUUCAGGAGCCCCGGCACGGCCAGCAGGUGAAGCCAGCAUCUGCAGUGCCCCCAGCGGAGGCCACCCCCCUGAUAGCUGCUGAGCCCACCUGCAGCCAGGCCUCUGGCUCCAAGGCCCCAAGUAGUGGGGGCGUCCAGCCACCUGGGGGCCCCCCAGGCAAAGCCGACUCCACCAGGGCCAAGCCACGUCUGCUGCCCAACAUGCCAAAGUUGGUCAUCCCGGAGGCUGCCACCAAGUUCCCUCCCGAGAUCACUGUCACACCGCCCACCCCAACCCUGCUUUCGCCCAAAGGCAGCAUCUCAGAGGAGACCAAGCAGAAGCUGAAGUCGGCCAUCCUGUCUGCCCAGUCAGCUGCCAAUGUGAGGAAGGAGACCCUGUGCCAGCCGGCCCUGGAGGUCCUGGAGACAUCAAGCCAGGAGUCCUCGCUGGAAAGUGAGACAGAUGAGGAUGAUGACUACAUGGACAUCUGAGGGGGGCCCAUCCUGCCCAGGCACUGGGACACUCCUUUGGCCCGGCCCAGGGCAAGGCUGAGGCCCACUGGGGCCCUUCUUCAGCAGCCCUUCCCCCCUCACUGGGUCCUCCUGCUUCCGGGGUCAAGGCAACAGAUCUUGGGCCACCAUGCCAGGAGGAGAUCCUGGUGCCCAGGAGGAGGCGGCUGACUGAGCUUCGUGGAGGUGGUCAUCUGGACAGCAGGGCCGGCGUUCUUUUUCAUGAAAUCUCACCUUUAUAAAUCCCCCCGCACCCCGCCUGAGGCAGCCAUCACGGUGCAGAGCUACUCGGGGACCGGGCUCACCCCAUGUCCUUUUUUUUUUUUUUUUA